UCUAAAGUCUCUUUCAAACUGGUCGAGAUGUUCUUCAGCUGCUUUCUUUUGCUACUGGCACUUAAUGUCCUAUCUGCAGGACGAGUACCCCAACCGGAAGAACGCAUUAUCGGAGGAAGGUCCAUUGAUAUCGAACAGGUUCCGUGGCAGGUUUCCUUACAGUUUCAAGGACGACAUAUUUGUGGAGGUUCCAUUUACAGCAAAGAUAUUAUAAUAACUGCUGCACAUUGCUGUUUUGACGAAGAAGGACGACUUGAAGCCAAGGAUUUUGAAGUUCGAGUUGGAUCAGCAUUAAAAAACACCGGCGGAAGACUUGUCAAAGUUGCAGCCAUUAAAUCCUUUGAAACUUAUGUUUACAAAGAUACGUUUAACGAUAUUGCUGUGAUGCGAUUAAGUGAACCGCUGGAGUUUACCAACAACGUACAACCGAUUUCUUUGGCCGAGAAUAAUCCUGCUCCUGAAACGUCCGCACACGCUACUGGAUGGGGAGCAACGUCAGCACAGCAUAAUUAUUGGAAUGGUCUUCAUAACGUGGUGUAUACAUAUCCUGAACAUCUUCAUGGCGUAUGGGUUAAAGUUAACUGGUCGUACUUCGAUGGAACAAAAUAUUAUACACAUCAGAAUUUAAUUCUUGUCGGAUCUGCUGGGCAAACUGCUUGUCUUGGCGAUUCCGGAGGACCUCUGAUAAUUAACCAACAACUUGUGGGUGUAGCCCAAGGAGGUACGUGCAAAGGUCAAGCAUAUUACACCAGUGUUCCUUACUUCCGGGGAUGGAUUUUAAAUGCUAUUAAAGCUAUUUGAUAAAAUGCAGGUACAAGAGUAAAAAAA